AUGUACUCGUGUUUAGUGACUCGACCCGAUCUCCCACAACCACUCUAUGAGGCCCUCCGACCGCACUGUGCGCUCGACGUCUGGCAAAAGCCGGUGAUUAUGCCGAGAGAUGAGUUGGUGGCGCGGAUUAAAGGCAAACAGGCAUUGCUGUGCACUCUAUCCGAUCGCAUCGACGCUCAUAUAUUGGAUGCGGCGACCGACUCGCUGCGAGUGAUCGCAACCAUAUCCGCCGGUUUCGAUCACAUAGACGUCAAUGAGUGUCGCGCGAGAGGCAUAAAAGUGGGAAAUACACCCGACGUGUUGACAGAUGCGGUCGCCGAGCUCACCAUCGCUUUACUGUUGGCCACCAGUCGACGACUUUUUGAAGCGGAAAAAGCGCUCCGAAAUGGCGAAUGGAAGACGGGUUGGAACCACCUAUGGAUGUGUGGCUCGUCUAUCAAAGACAGUGUUCUGGGGUUCGUUGGUAUGGGACGGAUAGGGAUGGCUGUCUGCCAGCGGCUGAAGAGUUUUGGUGCCAAAGAGUAUCUGUAUUGCGGAAACAGCGCGAAGUCCUCGGCGGACGCAUUGGGCGCACAAUUUGUAUCGUUUGACGCGCUGUUAGAAAAGAGUGAUUUCGUGAUCAUAAGCUGUCUAUUGAACGACAAAACUCGUCACAUGUUUGAUGAAAAGGCAUUCAAACGCAUGAAGACGAGCGCGAUCCUGAUUAACACGAGUCGCGGGGCAGUCGUCGACCAGAAAGCGCUUUACAAUGCAUUAAACUCAGGCGACAUUAGAGGAGCCGGACUCGACGUCAUGGAAGUGGAACCGAUCCCUCUCGACGACCCCCUCCUCUCAUUGUCUAACGCCGUAAUAUUACCACACAUUGGAAGUGCUUCUCACGAGACUCGACUGGCAAUGGCUGUGUUAACGGCUCGCAAUGUGAUGGCAGGCCUACAACAGGCCCAACUGCCCGCUCCCGAAGAGGAGUGUCUAAUGAUCUGUUCCACGACCAGAGGCCACCAGAACCCGGUUUGCUAUGCAGUGCGACCAUUAUCACCGAAACAGAUCCAGAACAGUGACCGUAAGGACCAGACACUCAAUUUUCCAGACGGCGGACAAAUUCAAGUUGGAGAUCCUAUAUCAGGAUUAUCCAGGUCCUUCACGUUCAAUGUUGUCUUCGAACCGGAAGCCUCUCAGGAAGAGGUCUUCGAGCACUCGGGAGUCAAACGACUCAUUGAUAUGUCUCUCGAUGGGUUUGCCUGUACUGUAUUCGCUUACGGCCAGACCAGCUCUGGAAAGACAUAUACGUUGACAGGCAAUGCAUUUGAGCAAUAUUCGACGUCCGAGAACACAAUCGCUGGCAAAGGAAGUCCUAAUGAUGGCAAAAGAGAGAGAGGAGCACAGGCAGCGCACAGAGCACAGGCAGACAAGAAAAUGAUUGGUGUCAUGCAAUUAGCCUUUGCAUAUCUUUUUGAACAAAUCAAACUCAGAAAAAACAGAAGUCUUCUCUACAUUAUUCAUGUCUCUUACCUUGAAGUCUAUAACGAGCAGGUUCUCGAUCUCCUCAACCCAUCGCCGAAGAGUCUGAACGUCCGGUGGGCUAAAGAUCGCGGCUUUUACGCCGAAAAUCUGUUCAAAGUUGAGUGCGAAGACAUCGGCGAUCUCGAAGGAGUGCUCGAAGAAGGCUGUAAGAACAGACAGGUUCGGAGUCACAGUAUGAACGAUAACUCCAGUCGUUCCCAUAGCGUCAUGACAAUCACGUUGGCCUCCGAGACACAGGACCCCGAAGAUCCUCAGGUAACGGCUAUAUUAGGAGAGAGGGCCGGCUGUGUAUCGUCGAUCUCGCAGGCAGUGAGAAGACAAAGAGAACUAACAAGGAGAAGCGGUCACAUUCCCUAUCGAGACUCCACUCUCACUAAACUUCUCGCAGACAGUCUCUCAGGCAAUGGCAUGACUCUAAUGAUAGCUUGUGUGAGUCCGCAUAAGUUGGACGCAUCGGAAACAAUAAAUACAUUAAGAUAUGCGUCGAGAGCUAAGAAAGUCAAGACCCAUCCCAUCGUUCAAAUGGAUCCGCGAGAACUACUAAUACUGAGUCUGAAACGAGAGGUUCGUCUCUUGCGUAUGGAAAACAACUAUUUGAGACAACAGCUGAAUCUCGGCAAUGGAUUCCCGCUUAACACCAGUAAUGGCGACACCGGUGACAGGGCUGACAGACCCACUUCUCAUGGCUCGGAUACAUCGCUAAUUGAAAGCAAUGGACAAAUAGACAGCGAAACUGAAUUACACCCAAAAAUUGUGAACAAAUACAUGCAGGAGAACGAGUCGUUGCGGGCCGAGAACUCGCAGCUCCACCAACAGAGACAGACCCUAAUACACGACCACGAAAUGGUUUGUCGGGAGAACGAGCGCCUUCUGAGAAGACUGUCUGCCGCCGGACAUAAGGGCCAUACGAUCGCCACCGAAGCCAUCAAAGAUCAAAGCGUUGACAGCAAUGGCUUAUCAGUCGAUCGCAAAGGUAUGAAAGACCUAAAGGGGAAUCGGAGGCUAGCGUUGGGUAAUGAGAGGCAAACAAAGGGAAGACAAGACGCUCAGCCACACAACGGAUCCGUAGGCAUAGAUACUAUUUAA